GCGCGGGAGGGUAGAAGCCCGCCGACCCUCGUCGCGCGAGGACGCGCUUCAGCACCGCGCCUCCAUGUCACCGAGGUGGUCGACUCGGUCUUAGGAAGGACUCUCCGCGCUCCGUCCACUCCUCGGAACCGACAUGAGGCACCUACGCCUCGUCUUGGUCCUCGGGCUUGCCCUCACCCUCGCCGUAUCCGUCGGCGCCGAGGGCAUUUCCUUCAACAUGGUCAAGACGUGGGCGUACAAACUGGGCUUUGAGCUCUCCCAGCUGGGCAAGUACGUGACGAACGUCGAGAAGUUCCAGGAGAGCUACAGCCAGGCUGAGCUGAUACCUCGAGACGGCAGUGCCCUGGUCCAGGAGAUCGCCAAGGACAUCAAGGCGAUGAUGGAGUCGAAGAUCUCGGCCAUCAAGAGAAUCAUGGACGUGGCCGAAACGUCCGCCCUCUCGUCCCCUGACGCGGAUCCUCCGGACAGCUACACCUACGUGAACGCCAAGAACAACACCCUGGAGAUGACGUACAGCGGCCACUUCGGGGGCCAGGUGAACCUGAACAAGUCCGCAGUCCACGUGCCGACCAACGUCUACGAUCGCUCGCCGAACGUAAUAAGGGCUAUCAAGUGGUCUGAAGAGCUCGACAAGACCUUCGUCAACAACUUCCACCAGGACCCGUCCCUGUCAUGGCAGUAUUUCGGCAGCUCGACCGGGUUCAUGAGGCAGUUCCCUGCGAUGAGGUGGUACAUGGAGCCGGUCGACCUCUUCGACUGCAGGACCAGGAGCUGGUACAUCGAGGCAGCCUCCAGCCCGAAGGACGUGCUCGUCCUGGUGGACAACUCCGGCAGCAUGACCGGGAUGCGCAAGGAAAUCGCCAGACAUGUCGUCAACAACAUCCUCGACACCCUCGGGAACAACGACUUCGUCAACAUCAUCACGUUCUCCAACGUCACCCACGAGGUCGUCCCUUGCUUCAAUGGCUCGCUCGUCCAGGCGAAUCUGGCGAACGUGAGGGAGCUGAAGAACGCCAUUGCUGAUAUGUCCACGGAGAGAAUUGCGAAUUUUUCGCUGGCGUUGAAUCAGGCCUUCGAGCUGCUGGAAACUUAUCGUACCGAGAGAGAAGGGGCGAGGUGUAAUCAGGCCAUCAUGCUGGUCACCGAUGGGGUCCCCUACAAUUACAAGGAGAUCUUCCAGCAGUACAACUGGAGGGAUAACCCCAACCAGCCGAACAAUGCCGACAUGCCCGUCAGGAUGUUCACGUAUUUGAUUGGCAGAGAGGUGGCCGACGUCAGGGAGGUCAAGUGGAUGGCUUGUGCCAAUAGAGGGUAUUAUGUUCACCUGUCAACCUUGGCCGAAGUACGUGAACAGGUCCUGAAUUACGUCCCGGUGAUGGCGAGACCACUGGUCCUCGGCAGAACCGAUCAUCCGACGAUAUGGACCCCAGUUUAUGCCGACGUGACCGACCCGAAGAUGACCGACUGGCUCUGGGAAAGGAACGAGCGCAGGGAGCAACGAGAACGAUUUCAGAGCUACCGGAAGAACCGGAAGAUGUUCACCUCGAAGGAGGAACAGGACCGCCGUUACAUCCAGAAACAGAAGAGACUUCACGACCAGCAUGGGAACCUCCAGGAGUACAGACUCAUGACCUCCGUCAGCAUGCCCGUCUACGACAGACGAGAUAACGCGACCCGGAUCGCCGAUCUCCUCGGAGUCGCCGGGACCGACGUGCCCAUCCAGGAGAUCCAGAAACUGAUGAUGCCGCACAUGCUGGGCGUGAACGGCUACGCCUUCAUCGUGACCAACAACGGUUACAUCCUGAUCCAUCCCGACCUUAGACCAGUGUUCCAGGGCAUCCUGAAGCCCUCGUACAACAGUGUCGACAUGGCGGAGGUGGAGCUGAUGGAUCAGGGCAGGGGACCCCGUGAAUUCGAGGAAGGAAUACUCAUGCUACGCGACGACGUGAUCAAUCAGGCCAACGGGAGCGCGACGCUGCACACCAAGUACCACUUCGACGACAUGAAACGUGUCGGCAGGGUGAAGAGGAAGUACGAUUACACGGGGAUCGACAAGACGCCUUUCACGGUGGUCGUGAGUCUGCCGGACCAUGGGCAUGGUGGGAGUUAUCGGGUUUUGGCCGCGGAGGAGAUACGUCGGUCCCAUGCCGAGGGUAAAGACGUGACCGACUACUUCGCUGGCAACAACUGGCGGGUGCACCCCGACUGGCUCUACUGCAAGUACCACUACGAGGGUGAGCACAGGUUCAACACCUCGGAGCUGCAGCUCCUGCACUUUCUGGAGCGAACCCGCCAGCCGGGCUGGAAGUGGAUCGACACGAAGCAACGAUCCCAGCCCCCGGAGUAUUCCGACUCGAGUUCCGGUUACGGGGCUCCCCGUAAGUCCUAUCCGAGUGCCAGCAAGGCAGACACCGACACCUACUACUGCGACCGGAGCUUGCUCCUCAGCCUCGUCUACGACGCCAAGGUAACCGAGUGGUUCGCUAACGCCAGCAUCACCCGCGAGGAUAACGGGAAAGAGUUUCAACAACGCUUCGGCUUCACCCUCGCCUUCAUGGCGACGCACAGCGGCCUCACCAGGUGGCAGGACUUCCUCGUGGAUGAGGAGGGCUCACCUGAGGAACACUUCAGCAAGAUGUAUCCGAGGGCCAUCGAUGAAGUCUGGUAUAAGCGAGCCGUGGAACAGCACUACGUUCAGCCUGAUAGUUUUGUCUUCUCGGUGCCAAUAGACGAAACCGGGGCUGACAACAACACCCUGGUCACAGCGAGUCGUGCAAUCUUCAUAAGUAAGAAGCAGGCGAAGGCACCGGCGGCGGUGGUGGGUUUCCAGUUUCUGCACUCGGCCCUGCAGAGCCUCUUUCUGAAUAUCACGUACAAUUGCGAGAACAACUGCCAGAGGCACUGUGGAGACGAGACCCUGGCCUGCUACCUGGUGGACAACAACGGCUUCGUGAUCGCAGCCGAAGACGAGGGCGACGCGGGCCGCUUCUUUGGGGAGGUGCGGGGACCCAUCAUGACGAGUUUGGUGGAGUCGGGGAUCUUCGACAAGAUCAGGAUUUUCGACUACCAGGCGGUGUGCUUCAAGAGCACCCAGACCAACAAUCGAGCGACCUCGAUGGUGACGCCCUGGAAGAGCAUGCAGAGGUGGGCCUCGUGGAUCUUAGGUCAGGUUACAUGGGCUUGGGUAAAAGCUGGCAUCUGGAGCACCGAACAAGCUUACGGGUACGCCUACCCAGGUGAAGAGGACGAGGGCCACGACGAUUACCCGGACCGCAGGGAAAAGCCAUCGGUAGACGCGAAGGACGAGCAAAACUUCGACGAGAAAGUCCUCAUCAACCGGACGAGACCCGAGCCGUGCGACCAAGAGGUCCACCUCUACUCGCUGGCCAACGUGUCGUCCAGAGAUUACGACGUGGAUUUUGACACCAACAACGGCUGCGACCGGCCUUACGUGGUGCAGCCCGUUGCCUUCAGCAACAUGCUGCUCGUCGUCGUCGACACAAUGUGCCCCGACACGGACGAGCCGGCUCUCGGUGUGCUCCCUGAAGAGGUAAUCUACCCGAACGACUCGCUGGUCUGCCACAAGGCAUUGAACGGUCUGCGGAGGCGCAGACCAAGGUCCUGCAUCCGCAGCCACCCGAAGGAAAGCGAGAUCAAGGACCUCUGCGGCGAGGCCUCGAGGCUCCUGCCGGACCUGGUACGGAUGUUGCUGCUGGUUUGCUUCCUGGCCAGGAUGGCUCAGCUCUGAACCAGCCGAGAACAAGCCAGAACCUCUUUCCUCCCCGUCGCGUUUGAAGCUGGCGAAUACGUGGCGGGGAGCGCCUUCAAGGUCCUGGUGGGUCUUUUUCAGGGCCGCGGAAGUCCAGCUGGAGCUGGGUCCUCUCCACGCAUGGACUUAUUCCGAAACCUCGUCGCACCGUGAAUGGCGACUCGCCGGGCCGUGUCCUUAUAUUUUCAACGUCGGAUCCAUUCCGAGAGAGAUACUAAUUUUAGGGGUCUACGUAUCGCCUAGCCAAUGGCUGCGGUCGUACCAAACUUGUCCGAAACUUGUUACUGCCCAGAAUCGUGCAAUACGAGGCGUGCACUCGGUGUACGCUCUGCUGCUCUCGUAAUCUAGUAAGGUGACCAGAUUUUUAAGAUGGCGAGGAUAGAGUGGGGAAAAGUAAGCCGAGCGAAAGUCUUCGCGAAGUCAUCGAUAACGAUGAAAUUUAGGAAAUCCUAAAUCGCCGUUGCGAGCUACAGAAAUGAGGCUUUCGUAAUUCGCGACUUGUUUUUGCGCUCUCUGAAGGAACCACGCAGAUUUUUCUUUUUUUUUUUUUUCUUUCUUUCGUUUAGAGUGAAGUAUUAUAAAAUGUCUAGGCAAGUGGUAGUUAAGAGGAUGCGAAAAUGCCACCUAAGGGGCCAAUCGUUCUCCGAGCCGGGUGUACCGAAUCGAUUCAACCUCUACAAUGUUAAUAUGGAGACUGUAAGCAAACUCCUGACACGCAUGAAAUUUCAUUUAUUAUCAAAAAUGUUGAAAGUGUCUAUAAACAAAUGUUAAAAAGAAUUGAAAUUUCAUGGGUAUAGGGACCUUCCUUAAAGCCUCCGUAUUCACGUUGUGAAGUUUUAUACGAUCCCGGUAUACCCGGCUCGGAGGAAAGUGUCCUAAACGAGACCUCUUUGCCGGCACUUUCACAUAGCCUUAAGUCGUGGUUCUGGCAAACUGUUGACUUUUUUGGUCGUCUUGGACGCAGGAGGACCGUUAUCCUCGACAAAGGAGGAUUAUAUAUCUAGUCACCUUACCGAUCGACCAACGCAAUGCGAACACAAACGCGGAACAUGAUACGGUGCUUUGUCGCUUCGUCUCGGCCGACCGCUUUGUUGUCACCUCUGGCCAUUUUUUUUCUUUUUUUUUUUGUCGAUUCAGUUAUAAAUGUCCUUAUCGAGUCGCCGGCCGAGGGGCGCCUCAUGGAAGGGCGAAGAAACGACCUGUAGUACCUUUUUCUAUAGAUUUUGUAUACGGAGACUGUUACCACUUUACCUGCUUCCAGCAAUUUUUUGACGAAACCUGUGCCACCGGUCCUGAACAAUGCCACGGUCAGCUCUCUGGAAACGGAAUCAAAUGAUAAUGGCAAGGUUCAGUUUUCGUACGAGGUAUGCAACCGCGAUAAAUCGUUGCACUCGUACGAGCGCAUUCGUCCUAAUUGAAGAUGAACGACGAGAGACGCGCUAUUUGUUGGUUUCGGUCAAAGGCGUCUUCUAAGACGUGAAGGAGUACAACGUGAACGAUUAAAGACAGAAUUUAAAAAAUAUUACUAUUAUAUAUAUAUUUAUUGCAAGAUGAGUCGUAUAUAACGAGAUACAUUCACGGUUCUCUUCUCUUCUGGAAAGUAUUAUGUGUUAUCGAACGUAAUAAUCGCUCUUGGGUCUCGACAAUAAAAAUUUUUCGAAAAUCGUUCACGAUCGAUGUGGUUUCCUGCGUCCAUCUUCCGAUGAACGACGCUAGAUUGAGAAAUUACGGCGAGAUCGGGAAUUUUUACUAGGUUUGGUUAAGGUGUUACAACGCUCUGUUGAAAAAAGAAAAGAAAAUAACCCGAGUGACUCGCGAUUUUCGCUCCCAGGUUCUCGAUUGCGCAACGUCAAUCAGGAAAUUUCUCAAUUAAUUAAACCUCUCAUUGUUACUUCAAUUUAAUUACCUGGUGGUUUUGUAUCGACAGUACAUCGAGAUCGCAAGUGUCCUGUUAGCCGUGCAAUCGGCGACGAGAGAACUGAUCUUAAAGAGCGGUGAUACGUUAAAUAUGUCUUUUGGAGCGGUAAAUCGCUCUUAUCUGCACCGGUACGUGGACGGGAAUGUCGCGAGCUUAUGUCACUGAUGACGCGUUAUGUGAUUUAAGUAUAACUCGACACUUUCGAGGUGACGUUGAGGUGUAAAAACCGAAAACAAUACAGGUUAUGUAGGUGCAAUCGGCGAAUCAACGGAGCAGGAGUGCAUACGACGAGGCACGCUCGUUAAACCAUAACUAAACGUUCAUACUCGCGCUUUGUACAUUAACCGAUAAUAGACGACGAUUCCGAAAAUAUAUGUGGUUUACUACUUAUAGAGUUUAUUAGCAUUAAUUUUGUAAAUUACUGUAAGAUACGACGUAAAGGUAUAAAACGGUGUGCCUUUGGACACGCGGCUAUUACACGAAAUCUUGUUGUAUGUUUUACAAAUUAACAGGAGACGUCGAUCUCGGAAUAUUUAAACGUUAUUGAGUUAACGUAACGACAUUCGUGCCGAUUGCUCGUCGAGGUGAUUACUCGUAGGCAGAACGUAACAAAGGGUCGACUCUACACUAAUGUACAGUAUUUAUUAAGAAUUGUUAUUUACAAUUACGAGUCUAUUUGUGAGCAGCACUGGGACGUAAUUAAAAGAUGUGAGAAUCAA